AUGGUCAGGACCAAGCAAUCAAUGAGCUAUAAGAUUUCCAUUGGGAAAGUGCCUAAAAUUGCUGCGUGCAAAGCGUCCAUGGCCGGCAGCAGCAGUGGUUCGUCAUCGUCGUCAUCUCCGUCCACUUCCAAAAACAAAUACUCGGUAGGUGGUGGAAAUCCAGUGCACCCCAGAGAGAUUCCGUUUUGGCAGAAAGAGAUCACGUGCUUUUUCCAGGUGAAAAACGAUAAGGAACUAGACGAACAACCAGGGCCGUCGGCCAACGACGAGGACAACGACGUCGUCGAAUUACCGCCGCCAGAAACGAUGCAGGCGGGCUCGUCGAAAAUGUAG